CUCCAUGUUUAGAAACUACGAACAUUAACAAAGACGACCAUGCGGAGCAGUGCCACUCCUCAGAGCUUCUGACUGCAAAGAAACAGUCAUUUAGUUAAGCGAUUUCAAUCUCCAAAAACAUUCCCUCACUUCCGAGAUGAGCAACACAAACUACUGGCUCAUGGACUAUGAUGUUUCUUCUCCAGCUCCGCCCGAGUAUCCCCGGGGCCCCACCGUGCUGCAGCCCGUGCCGGGUCACCCAGAACAAGGAUCAGCCCUGUGUUUUGUUGGCCUCCUCGUGCUGCUGCUGCUCUUCCUCGUGGUUCGUUGUGUCCGCAUCAUUUUAGAUCCCUACAGCAGCAUGCCAUCGUCAUCGUGGACGGACCACAAGGAAGGUCUCGACAGAGCACAGUUUGAUUACGCCAUUGUGUAACAGCGGAAGCGGCUAGGGAUGAGAGAAAUAUCCAAUGAAAAGCUCGGUUCCUGGUG